UGCGCAAACAAGCAGGCUGCUCAACUUCUCUACCGCGCGCUGUGUUCGCCAUAACUGGUCCCGAGGAUAGCUACGGUUAGGGCUCGCGGAGUGCCUGUAGCUGGGUGAAUCAGGAUGGGAGACAAGCCGAUUUGGGAACAAAUAGGAUCCAGCUUUGUUCAACAUUACUAUCAACUGUUUGACACUGACAGAACUCAGCUCGGAUCAAUAUAUAUUGAUGCGUCAUGCCUAACGUGGGAAGGACAGCAAUUCCAGGGAAAAGCGGCGAUAGUCGAGAAACUGUCUAGCCUGCCCUUCACAAAAAUAGCCCACAGCAUAACAGCACAAGAUCACCAGCCCACUCCUGACAGCUGCAUAAUGAGUAUGGUAGUAGGACAACUAAAAGCAGAUGAUGAUCCCAUCAUGGGGUUCCAUCAGAGCUUCAUCCUGAAGAACAUUAAUGAUGCGUGGGUAUGCACCAACGACAUGUUCCGCCUAGCAAUUCACAACUUUGGCUAAAAAGCAUCACAGCUGUCGGGGGAAAUGGGGGAAGGUGGAGAAAGGGCACAUCAUGUGCCCCUAGUUACGCCCGAACCCUUCAUCCAUCUUUGAGAUUCAGCACCGGAUUCCAAGAAGUCAAAUCACAGAUAACACACAGGCACACGGUAGCGCCUCUGCUUCAGAAAUGAGAAGUGUUUCUUUGCUGAAAACCCACAGAUUCAUCAAAGCGACCCCUUUCCCCUCUGCUGAUGUGCAUGAUGGCAAGCUCAAAUAUCAGAGGCCACUGACCUGAAAAAAAGACAUAACAUAACCUCUGCCAGUUACUACUAUUUACAUUUUAGUUCCUGAGUUUGACUAUGAAUUUACUGUCUUAACUGCCUUUCUUUGCUUUAGUACUUAUUGUGUUCUCUGCUUGCUUUUAGAGUUUGCUUCUUGGCACUUCUGUUGUUGUUCUUUUUUUCCCCUUUUGAACAUUGGAGCGUCCAUUCAUUGUGAUGUCAGGUUGCUCUAGCUAUCCAAAGAAACGUCAAACACUCCCCAGAUCCCCCACCCCUUCAGACCAGUGUGCUUCUCACCUUCUGCCCACUGCUCUCUGUGACAAUUACCAAGCCACAAGACACAAUAAAACCUUUGACUUUUUCUUAA